AUGAAACUCGACGACCGUGGAACCCCGACAGCGGGAUCCCCGCUAGGUCUGAUAACCGGUGGGACUGUGGACUUCGCACUUGACGAGCAAGGUCCAAUGGAUGAUUUGAACUUCAUAGACCUCGUCUCUGAUGUCUUCAGAGACGACCACCUCAUCGCGAAGGAUGAUAGCAGGGUCCCAUCGUUGAUAUCCAAUCUGAUAAGGCUUGGUGAAUACGGGCGUAAGAAGUUCAAAAUCACUUCUAACCCAGUCGAUAUCGACCGCUCUGUUGAAGCUCUCCGGAUAGCGCUGUCCGUGGCACCAUUGGAUCACCCACGCCGAUCCCUGCUUCUUGUCGCCACAAUGAGUAGCCUUUCCUGUGUCGACGAGUAUAGUGAGGGGCAGUCCCAAUAUGAAGCGAGAUUGGCGGAGAUGUAUGACGAAAUAUCCUUAAAUUCGUUUGAUCUGCCCCUACAGUCGGAGCAGUUAGCAGCCAAAGCAUUUGCCAAGUCGUAUAAAUACAUGAGGAGUCGCAACAUGGAUGAUCUUGCGCAGGGCAUCAGUCUCUUUCAGCAAGCGACUAAAGCUCUGCCACCAGAUGACGAGGAAUGGCGAUCAAGGUGCUUGUACUCUCUGGGGCACCUUUUGGUUAUCAAGUUCCAGAGAUCCAAAUCCGUUGCAGACAUAGACGCUGCUAUCGAUGUGCUUCAUGAGAUGGCACAAAUAGGAUCAGUCUCCACAAAAAAACGGGCAAACAGCCUAGGAGCCCUGGGACGCGCAUUUUGCACAAGGGGGGUUGUCUUAUCCGAGAUGUCAGACGUUGAGCAGGGUAUAGAGCGACAUGAGGAGCAGUUAAAGCUCCUCACACCAGAUGACCCGGAUCGGGCUCAGUGCCUGUAUAGUUUGUCGGAAGUGAUUAGCUGGCGCUACAUCCGCUCUAAGAAACCAUCCGACAUCGCGAAAUCUAUCCGCUUUGUCUCAGAAACCGGACUUAGGCUUUGUCUCAGAAACCAGACCCAGAUUACCAAACGGUCGAGGGCCAGAUCGCUGGACGAUAUCGAUCCGUUAAUUCGUACAUUACGCACAAUAGUGAAAAGGACUUCAAUUGACGAUCCCUCAAGGGGUUUUCAUCUACGAACCUGUGCCCAAUUGUUUUCUGUUCGCCGCGAAUUUGAGGAAGACAAGAAGUGUCCUGAUAGUCUAUCACAUGCAAUUGAAUUAGCUGAAGAGGCAUUUAUAUUAAUCCCACCAGACUCGGAUGUAAAGCGUGUGGAAGAAUCUGUUUAUCUAUCCACGCUUUGGCUUAAGCAUGACGUUGAAAUACAUGGGCGUUUCGAUUUAGAGAGGGCCAAGGAGGUUUACGAACUCAACAAGCAAGCUUUGAGGUGCGAGUUUGCGAGUACAAGUAUCCGAAUAAGCGCUGCUCAAUACGCCAGCUUCGUUCUCUAUGUCACCGGGCUUGGUCACCAGAUACGGUCUCCUGCAAGCCCAGCGGAGGAAUACUUGCCGCUGUUUGAGGAAGCCUUCGAGAUCUUGGAGGAAGGCAUCGCUCUUCUUCGCAUACUCAGUCCGCAGCACUUGCGCCGCAACGAACGGCGAGAACUGAUGCAGGUAGCUAUAGGUGGUCUCGAUGAUCUUGGAGCGAAUGCGGUGGGUGUAGGUAUCUAUGCAGGGAAAACAGCAGCUCGCUGCUUGUCUACACUUGAACUCGGUCGAGGAGUAAUCCUAGGAUUUUCCAUUGACUGCAGAAGUACUGGAAACCUUCAAGAGCUGCAGAGGACAAAUCCAGAGCUUUUGCUCAAAUUCAACGACCUACGUAGUUGUAUGGACUCUCCGAUAGGCGCUGGCAUAUGCAUGGGAGCCUUAGAUAUUUCGACUCUCGGGGGUAUUUUCGAGCAGAGUGCUACCAGAGAACAGCUUAAACGCCAGAGAAUGAACGACUCCAACGAGCUUACAAAGACAUUACACAAGAUCCGAAGUCUACCGGGAUUUGAGAAGUUCCAGCUACCACCUUCAUAUGAGGAUCUCAUUGAAAUUGCCAAAGAUGGCCCUAUCGUGGUUAUGAUAUGUACGGGCCUUCGGAGCGACGCGAUAAUUGCUACAAGCUCAUGUAUAAAGUCUAUACCGCUUCCAAAACUCCUCCACCCCGACGCAAUAGAUAGACUUCAAAGGCUCAACACAAACAUCAUUCCCGGGGGGGCCAGUACAUAUCGAUGGAGAAACGAGAAGAUGGAACACUUGCUUCUUUGGUUAUGGGAUGCAGCAGUAGACUCCUAUAUUCCAACGCUCAAAGCUCUUUCCUACGCCCGCGAGAAGGCCUUCACUUUCCAAGCCAGCGACUCCAGCCUGCUCAUUAUUGCCAUGCCCAAGACUCCUGCUCACUCGUCUCUGGUUAGUGUUGAUAGUGAGGCUGGGUCAGUCGCGGGUCUGGCGCCGGAGGGUGUUAGGACGGAGAUACUGAACAGUCCAAGCGCCAAAGCCACACUCGAAAAACUUCCAUCGUUCAAUGCCAUUCACUUUGCAUGUCACGGAAUUUCCGACACCAAAAAUGCUUUAAAUAGCCAUUUUUUACUUCACAGGCCGAAUGGGGACCGCACCCCCGAUAUUAAUAAGUUAACAGCAGGGGCGGUUUCGAAUAUCAACAUCGAACGAGCGCAGAUAGCGUACUUGUCACCCUGUUCUACCGCCAAACUUGAGUGGAAGCAGCAUGAAGAUGAGGCACUUCACAUUGCCAGUACUUUCCAACUCGCUGGGUUCAGCCAUGUACUUGCAAACAUGUGGCAAUCGGACGACGGUGCCUGCCUAAAGGUCUCGACCGAGUUCUACCGUAACCUGUUCGACGAUGAGCUUUCCGGCGGUGUUUGUGGGCAUAGGAGGGUCAGCGCAGCCUUCCAUUGUGCAGUCAAGAAACUGAGGGACGAGCAGCCAAAGCUACCCCUCCUGUGGUCACCGUUUAUUCAUACUGGCGCAUGA